AUGGGUCGGAUCAAGGAUUACUUCGUCGAGCAGGGCCUCGGCCCGAAGGACAUACCCGUGGCGUUCGUGUUCCACGAGGUCAUCAGCGUCGCCUUCGCCGCGUCCACUUGGGUGGCGUGCUACGGUAUCCAGCCCAGCGCAACGAUCUGUAGGCCACUUGCCAAGCUGCCCAUCGCGGCCAAAGCCGCGGGUGCCUUCGAAAAGGCGCUCGCGUUCUCCGACGCCAAGGUGGGCAAGAUGACCUGGUUGAAGAAGGUACCCAUCGUCAAGAACGCGGCGCCCAGGAGGCUCACCGUCUCGCUCGCCGAGUCCCUCAUGUUUCGAGGAGCGAUCAAGCCCAUAACGUUUGGAGGGAAGCUGUAUCUCUCCUACAAGUUCGUGCAGUGGACCAAGACUCUGGGCAAGGAGAAAGAGGCGGAGGUCGACGUCAAGGGCGGGAAGAAGGCAAAGAAGAGGACGGCGUGCCUCAGCUUGGCGCUCCCGAUGCCCGGCGAGUCCGCCUCGAAUGCCGAGUCGGACGGCGGGGGCGGGGGUUGGCAGGCGGGCGGCGGCAGCGGCCCUUCAACCGGCGCCCCGCCUGCGAGCAGCGACGACCUCGUCCUGCUGCUGAGCGUCUCCAUCAUCUCCGCGUGCUGCCUGUGCUGGUUCCUCGAGCAUCUCGACUACCUCCUCCGCCCGCUGGUGUUCGCCGUUGGGCUAUCGCUCAUCCUCCGCCCAUUCGUGGACUUCGCGUCCGACUGGCGCUACCAGCAGGCCAAGCUUCGGCGGUGGAACGUGCAGACGCCGUGGCACCCGCGCGUGGUCGUCGUGCCCCGCGCCCUCGCCCUCGUUCUCGCGCUGUCACUGGUGAUGCUCGUCAGCGCGACAUUCAUCUGGGCGCUGUACCUGAGCGAGCAGUGGAUAGCGUUCCACUGGAAGGACAAGAGCUGGAACGAUCGGUUCAUCGACAGGGUCAACGACCUCGCGGACUUCACCGAUCGCAUCGCGCUGCGGCUGCUAAAGCGCGACGACUUCGCGCUCGCGUCGUGGCACACGCUCCAGUCGCGCGUCGAGUCGACGCUGAAAGACGAGACGUUUUGGACUCAGUUUGCCAAUAACCUCUUCGGAUACCUCGGGGACGCGGCGGUGACCAUGUUCUACGUCCUGUUCCUGCUGGCGCCGCCGCGGGUUCCCACGCGGCUGCGUUCGCAGAUCGUGCGACGGAUACACGGCGCGGUGAAGAAGUUCGUCCUGAUCAUGGUGGCGCUGAGCGCGGUGCGAGCCACGAUGGUCGGGACGCUGAUAUACGCGUGCGGCGUACCGGGCUCCCUCGCCGGGUCCAUCGCCAUCGUGUCCUUCUGGCUCUUCUUCAUCCCCAACCUCGGAAGCGUCGUCGCCACCGCCAUCCCGCUGCCGCUCAUCGUGCUCCUCCCGGACCUGUCCAACGCUCAGCGGUGGUGCGCGCUCUUCGUGCCAGCGUUUGGGUCCUUCGUCGUCGGCGACAUUCUCGGGCCGACGGUGUACCGCCGGGGUUUGGGUUUGAACGAGGUGGUGAUUUUGUUGAGCCUCGUGUUCUGGUUCUCGGUGUGGGGCGGGAUCGGGGCGGUGUUGGCGGUGCCGAUCAUGUGCGCGGUGCGCAUCUCGCUGGAGGAGAUUCCGCACCGGGGCACGCACGCGCUGGCGAGGAUGAUGGCGCCGGUGACGCCGUGGCGCGCGGUGGACCGGGGCGACAACGACGACGUGUCGGACACGGCGAGUGACGUCACGGGAGGGGGCGAUAUGGACGACGACGCGCGGAGGAGGAGCUCGAGGGCGAUGCGGUAUCGGGGCAGGCGGUUUGAGGAUUUCGAAGAUUCUCAUCAGACGUCGCCGCCGCGGGGUUGGCUGCUGUGGGCGUACGACUCCGUGACGCGUUCGGGGCUGUUCGGUUCGAAUCGCGGGGCGGCGCGAGGGGGAAACGCUCCGGAUGCGGGAGACGACGGGGUCGUGGAGGGACCGAGGGAACCGCUGCUGCCGCCGAGCCAGGCGCCGCCGCCCCGAGCUCGGGCGCCCGGACUCGGGAGCACGAUGUGA